GGUUCCGGCGCAGCCAUGGCGUCGGCUAGCCCUUCUUGCUCGGCCUCCUCGGCGCUGGAGCCCUCCGUGAAGCCGCUCCAGGGGGCCAUGAAGCUGGCCAAGGGGGCCCUGGAGCUGGACGCCGGGGACAGGCCUCGGGAAGCCUAUGUGGAAUACCUCAAGAGCAUCAACUACAUUUCCCAGGCCCUUUUGGACGAAGCCAUGGCCGCCAAAGUGGAUGGAAGUGACGUGAUGCCAGACACUCCUAAGAUGCUGAAGGUGGCUGAGCAAUGCCUGGAAAGAGCCAAGAGCAGCAUCACCAAAAUUGGGAAAGCAAAGACAAAACUGGCUGCAGAGAGAAUUUUGGGGCCUGCUCCAGUCUCCCGACAUCGCAGGGUCUUCUCAGAUGAAGGUGGGAAGCUGUCGCCUUUCCUUCCUCCUGAGAUGUUUCAAAAGCUGCAAAUCACUGAAGUUCAGAGUGCCAAGAAGGAGCUCACCCCGCUGGAAGAAGCGUCGCUGCAGAACCAGAAGCUGAGGGCAACCUAUGAGGCCCGCCUGGCCAGGCUCAACCCUAGCCAGGCCAUGCAGAAGACAUCCCUGACCCUUUCCCUGCAGCGCCAAAUGAUGGAGAACUUGGUCAUUGCCAAAGCAAGGGAAGAGACACUCCAGCGGAAGAUGGAGGAACGCCGUCUGCGGCUGCAAGAAGCUGCCAACAGGAGGUUCUCCAGCAACGCAGUGCUGACUCCAGAAGAGCAGGAACAGAGAGCUAUCUAUGCAGCCAUCUUGGAGUAUGAGCAGGAUCAUGACUGGCCGAGAUCCUGGAAAAUGCAGCUGAAGAAGAGCCCCAACGACCUCUCCCUGGUGCCCAAACUCAUCUCCCACCUCCUCAGCUUUCCUGAGCACCCCAUCUGCCAGCUGCUGAAGAAACUCCAGUGUUCGGUCUACAGCCGGGUCUACCCGCUGGUGAGCCAGAGCGCAGCCGACUUCCGGGUGUCCAGGAAGGUCACUCGUGGCCUCUCGCUCUCCUCUUCACUGGACAGGGAGGCUUUCCUCUCCCCAGCCUCCGAGGGACGGAGGUUGCGGUCCUCCCAAAGCCUUCACUCCAUGUUCUCCGUCCAGGAGAACAACAAGCUCAACCUCCGCCACAGCCUUUCCAGCACUCCUUUCAUCGAGGACCAGACCUUGAGCGGACCAGAACAGAGUGGCCCUUUGAGGUUGGGUCUCCCGGAAGAAGAGGCUGCCCGUACCCUGCCUGACCGGGAGAGCUCCUUUGAGGACCUGGAGCAGUUCUUGUCUGCUUCUGAGAGGUGGCCUGUCCGCCCCUUGCGAGAGUCUCCCACCGGGAAGAAGGCCUCCCAGCAGGACCACCUCAAGGCCGCCGUGAAGGACAUUCACAAUUCUAUUGACAGGCUGCUGUCCCUAACGCUGCUGGCUUUUGAAGGCCUCAACACAGCAGCUGCGAAGGACCAGUGCGUGGCGCGCCUAGAAGAAGCUUUCUUUGCACCGCUUUGGGCUCCGCUUGUGGCCGUGUACAGGAACGUCUACAAAACUCGGGAAGCAGCUCUUUCCAGGAGCAUGGAGCUACACAGGAACAUCCCCCCUUCGGACCUCGGCAUCUCCUCCAAACUCCUGGCCCAGGGUAGCUCGGCCAAGCGCCCCGGGUCCUACCCCUACAGCGCUGCCGUCCAGGAGCUGAUGCUCAUUCCUCUUGGCAGCUGCCCCCAGAAGAAACUGGAGUGCAUUGUGCGGACUUUGCGCAUCAUCUGCGAGUGUGCAGAGGAAUACUGUGGGAGUAGCGAGGGCAAGUCCCAGCCAGCGGCCGCAGCCAUCGGUGCUGACGACCUCCUUCCCAUCCUGUCCUACGUGGUCCUGAAGAGCAACCUUCCCCAGCUGGUCUCGGAGUGUGCUGCUUUGGAGGAAUUCAUCCACGAAGGAUACCUGAUAGGAGAGGAGGGCUAUUGCUUGACGUCGCUACAGAGCGCCAUCUCCUACGUGGAAUCCCUCCACCGUCCUGUCCUGGAGAAGUAGCCGAGACCUUCCCCUCGCCCUGCUCAGGUUGCCCAAUGGACUGCCAUUGCUCCCCGUCUCCUCCACGCUGUCUCCCUUCUGCCUCGCUGCUCCCAUGCAACAGAUGGAGGCAGAUGUUUGCCGUAGGGUAAACCUCGCCACCGCCACUCCCAUGCAUCUUGAACUGAAACUUGCUGACACAGCCACUGAUCUCUCCCUCCUUCCUUCCCAUCCCUAGACUUUGUGCAAUAUUUGGGGAAGGAGGGGGGGACUGCCUUGCAGCCCUUGUGUUAACCAGAAAACCCCUUGCAAGUCUACCCACUCUGCCCCCAACUUAAGCGUAGCAGGGUGAGGCUGGUUUUUGCAGUUUGGGCUCCAAGGUGUGCGUCGUCUAAACCCGUCUUUGCUGCUGAGUCCUUGCCGUCUGUCACUUCUGCACCACUGAGCAUGAAGCAGAAGGGGUAGAGAAGCGGAAGGGCUGGAGCCAUUUCGUCUUCCCCGCUUCACUUAGGGGGGGGAUCUGUAGCCUCUUCCCUCUUGCACGAUCCCCACUGCUGCCAUCACAUCCACUGGAAAACAAGCAGCCGUUACUGUCCUUCCCUUGCAACCUUGUUCUUAGUGAGCCUUGACCAGAGAGCAGUUCAGGGAUAGGACUUGGGGGGCAGCUGACCCCAGGGUCUCCUGGCAUGCCCCCUUUCCUCCUCUGCAUGAGCCCUCUCCCCUUGCGUUGCUGCUUCACUACACGGGUCUCCUGCUCUUGCUGCUGGGUGGGAUUGUCCCCUCUUUGGCUCAGGACCUGGUGUUUUGACUGUCAGGAAAGGGAGGGAACUGUAGUGUGUACACAUUUGAGUGUGCGCAUGUGUACAUGUUCUGCACCGGAUAAAGAAAUAAGAGCCUUGACCAGUGGACUGUGUGUCCACUCCCCACUCCAUCCUGGUGUCCUCACUGUAAGUUUUAGAGCCCAUUUGCAAAAAAAAACCCCAAUUGAAGCAAACUCCAAAGGCUAACGGUGAAUGAAGGGACCUAGAAAUGAAGGGAAAAGUGUGUGUGUGUGAGAGAGAGAGAGAGAGAGAGAGAGAGAAUUGAGAAUGCUCAGAAUUUAUAUAGUUUACUGAAAAUUAAAAUUGCCAUUGGAGCCAGAGAGGAGAAGCCAAGCUGUGCAUUAUUGAUAGGAAGGUCUGUAGUUGGAUUUGCACAAAGCUGGCAGGUCUGCCUUGGAGGCACGGUUGAGCUGGAUUUGAUCCAACUGGAUUUGAUUUGAAUCUCAGCUUUAAAAAGGAGUAUGAGGUAUGAGAUGCCUCUGGAGCCUGCCUGGGACCAAGUGGGUCCUGACCUCCCUUCCAGCUUGGAGGAGGCUUCUGUUAAGACGAUGAGCACUGAAAUAAUUUACAGAGCGUCCAUUCAGAUCUGCUACUGCAGUUAGCACUUGGUACUGCCUUCUCCUGAAAUGUGCUCCUUUGUGUCUGACCAUCUGUUGACCCUUGGGACCUGUUAAAAUACUUGUGGUUCCAUCCGCUCUCCGGCUUCACUCCUGCGGGCCUUCUGUAAUAAAUACCUUUGUUUUUUGCCUGCUC